UACGAGAUGGGUCGUUCUGAUCGACGUAGAGUUGUUUUUGCCAUGAAAGCUGGUUUAAGUUUGGCUCUUGUUUCUCUUUUCAUUUACAUUAAGGAAAAACAACUUAGCAAGUACUCUAUUUGGGCUAUUCUCACUGUUGUCGUUGUUUUCGAAUUCAGCAUAGGUGCAACCCUUAACAAAGGGUUCAAUCGUGCUUUGGGAACAAUUUCAGCAGGAGUGCUUGCUAUAGGGAUUGCACGAUUAUCAGUUUUAGUUGGUGGAGCUUUUGAGGAGCUUCUUAUUGUCAUAGCUAUUUUCGUUGCAGGGUUCUGUGCAAGUUUUAUGAAGCUAUAUCCUGCAAUGAAGAGUUAUGAAUAUGGCUUUCGCGUGUUUUUGUUAACGUUUUGUAUUGUAUUGGUGUCUGGAAGAGAUGGAAAGCAGUUUUUCACCACUGCUUUUUAUAGAUUGGUUCUUAUUGGUGUUGGUGCUGGUGUGAGUUUGUCUGUUAAUAUUUGCAUUUACCCUAUUUGGUCCGGAGAGGAUCUCCACAAAUUGGUCGUCAAAAAUUUCCACGGAGUUGCUGCAUCUGUAGAAGGUUGUGUAAAUGGUUACCUACAAUGUGUUGAAUAUGAGAGGGUGCCAUCCAAAAUUCUCGUAUAUCAAGCCUCUGAUGACCCUCUUUAUCGCGGUUAUAGAACAGCAGUGCAAUCAUCAAGCCAAGAGGAGACUUUGUUAGAUUUUGCAUUGUGGGAGCCACCUCAUGGUCCAUACAAGAUGUUCAAUUAUCCUUGGAGAAGCUAUGUCAAACUUAGUGGAGCAUUGAGGCAUUGUGCUCUCAUGGUCAUGGCAAUGCAUGGAUGCAUACUUUCAGAAAUACAGGCACCUCCAGAAAAGAGGUUGGUAUUCUUUCAAGAACUUCAGAAGGUGGGUGCUGAAGGAGCUAAAGUACUACGUCAACUAGGAAGCAAAGUAGAAAAGAUGGAGAAGCUGAGCCCACAUGACAUUCUGUUAGAAGUUCACGAGGCAGCCGAGCUAUUGCAGAUGAAGAUUGACAGUCAUUCAUUCCUUCUAGUCAAUUCAGAGAACUGGGAAGCUGUAAGACAACACCAGUCUAAACAAAAUGGACAAUCUGACAAUCUGAGUAAGAAGUCAUCGACGAAUGAACUAGUGGACGAUUCAAAACUUAAUAUAAGCAUACAAGAUUCGCUGCCAGAGUCGAGUUUUACACAGACCAUGAACAAGGGCUUAUUGUCAUGGCCUCAGCUCUCUUUUUGCAGUGAUGCUAUACUGAAUGAGCCAGAAUCUAAAGUUUAUGAAAGUGCUAGCUCUUUGUCUUUGGCUACAUUUGCUUCACUUUUAAUCGAGUUUGUUGCAAGACUUCAAAAUCUUGUGGAUGAGUUCCAAGAUCUUGGUGAGAAGGCUAAUUUUAAAGAUCCCUUUGAUCAACCUAUAUUGAAGUGAAGUAGUUGGGCUUAGUCACACUUUAGACAUACAUGGCUUUAUAGGCAUUGAAUUUGACAUGGAUAUUUUGUUUCAUUUAUUAAAAAAAUACAAAUUUGAAAUGGUAAAUUCAUUUUUUUC